UUAAGUGAAAUUAGUUCCGCGACAAAACAGGCAUUCGAGGAAAGUAAGGGCGCUGGUUCACGAAAAAUUCGACAUCGCUUAAAAUCUGUAUUCAGCGGCGUAACACAUCGGAAGGUUCAAACCUCUCUUAAAUCUCUUCCCGAAAAGCAGUCCGUCAAUCCAAUUUUCGAUAACGUUGCUCCUCUUAAACCGAUUCGUGCAACUUCGAUACAAGAACGCCACCAAAUUGACUUAGUUGAUAUGUCGCGACACACGGAAUUUUAUAACGGUGUAGAGUACAAGUAUAUUUUGUCGGUUCUAGACGUUUUCAGUCGUUACGUAUGGCUUCGCCCGCUCAACUCGAAAGAAAGCACGGAAAUCGCAGACGCGCUGGAGUCCAUUUAUGAAAGCGAAGGACCGCCGAAAAUCAUACAAUGUGAUAAUGGUCGCGAAUUCCAUGGUUCGGUAACCCGGUUGACCGAGGUAUUGGGUUGUCAAAUUAUCAAAAGCCGACCGUAUUACCCGCAAAGUCAAGGUAAAAUUGAAUCGUCUCAUAAAUCCUGGAAAUCAAAGCUUAAGUACGACCUACUAAAAACAAGCGAUUCGAACUGGGUUCGAGAUUUAUCAAAAUACGCGAUGUUGCGCAAUGAGGAGUAUCACUCCUCUUUAAAGGCUUCUCCAUUUUACGUAUAUCACGGACGGGAAUCUAAUCGUGUGCGUAAGUCUACUCGUCUUGGACCAACCGUUUCAAAUAAUGUUUCGAAAGAGUUGAAAAAGCAGUCCGCCAUUCGCAAGGCAGCCCUACUGGCAUCGAAAAAACGCGAAAAAACCAUGAUAAAGCACCAUUUCAAAAAACAUCAAGUUAGUGUCUAUAGUGUGGGCGACGAAGUGUUCGUAAAAUCCCAAACUCGGAAAAAUUACAAUAAAGCUAGGCCGCGGUUCGAAAGGGGAAAAAUAAUCGGCACAAAACACAACGCGUUCUCUUACAAAAUCAGGUUUUCCAGUGGGGUGUCGCGUUGGAUAAAUGUACAAAACAUAGCAGCAAUUUCACGUUCCGAAGAACUGUUAAAAAGACAAAAACGUCAUCGAUUAAGGCUUGAUCCGUUGUGCGAGUGUAACAAUGAGAAAUGCUCCCGAAAAUCGGAUCCAAACUGUGUACACAAAUUAAAUAAAUUUUGUUGCCGCGAAAGCAAAGUUCCCUGUUCACUGCCUUCCCAUAAUUUCCCGCAUAUAUCGGAUUUCUAUCUUUCUGAUAAUUUAGUAAACCAACUUAAAGGACCGAGCCUCUCGAGAACCGAUACAGCCCAUGACGAUUUGGUUCGAAAUGCGCUUGAACGAAAUUUAAUUCCCGUUGGGGAUAUUCCUAAAGACGGUAGCUGUCUCUUUCAUUCAGUUGCACAAUCGCUCUCUAAUUAUUUACAAAUCGACCUUAAUCAGCAAGAUAUUAGAGAUAUCGUGGUAAACUGGCUCUCCGAGAACCCUGAAACACCGGCAGGCGACCGCUUUUCACACUUUGUACCUAAUUUAGACUGGGAUACCUAUUUAGAGGGCAUACUGGGUACCGAAUGGGGCGACCACAUCUGCAUCACGGCCAUCGCGAACGCAUUUAAUAUCGCAGUAGGUAUUGUGUCGAGCUCCCAGUCAGACUUAAGAUACAUUUUGCCUUUUGAUCGUCAAAAUAGGGAAAAUCUUUUACAUAUUUAUUUAGGCCAUGAGUUCGAGUUUCAUUUUAUAAGGUUAGAACCGAUACCGGGCACGCAGGCGGAUAUUUGUAUUAAUGAAGUUAAUUUUCAUAAUGUUAAUACAGUGUGUAUUCCAAACAGGGAUCUCAACUCAAACCAAAACAACACAGAUAAUAACAAUGUUCACAGUAAUGAUUUUUCUCACUAUUCGUUACAGGAAGUUCAACUUGAACCUCAACUAACAGAUUAUUCUAGUGAUUCGAUUCUCCACCUACACCUAUCCACCAACGACAGUUCGUUAUCUCCUCCGGUCAGCCAUGUAAACAUAGGGCCUUCGGCUUCUUUUCCUGACAACGAAUUAUUUCAGACUGCAAAUGACCACAUCGAUUCUCCUGUUCCGCCAACAUUGGAAACGCCGACUUUGCAACGCUUUUCCCCAACAGCAAUCUCCGACACAAACAAUCUGAGCUCCACAGAGAAAGACAGGUUAUUUCCCCCAAGUCUUAACUCAUCAUUUUAUUUAUCUCCACCUUCUUUAUCUCCAAUUACAGAUAGGAUAAACGAUUCAAAUUUAGACAAACAGCCACCAGUAUUAUCACCUGUCCGAUUAAGGUCUAACGUGCGACCCCCUAAAAAGUUUACACCAAGUGAUUAUGUCAGGGCUCGUAAGCAAAUUUUUCCGGAAACAGAAAAUGUAAACCAAAAGCAAUUCACUGAUUUACCUUACUUCAUUCAGCGUCAUAUUUUAUCCUUUGUAAUAUACAAAAAUUUUAACAUGUUUUUGACUUUAAUAAGGGUUUCAACACACUUCAAGCAUUUGCUAGGCACCCUUCAUAAAUUGUGUCCUAAAGUAUACUUAAAUGAAAAUGUCAUGUUUUUAUUGGAAGGUAGGUCAGUAUUCGCAGAGGGCGUAAGGCACAACUGGUCUGUUCGUCAGUUGGGCCGUGUGUCGGGUUCGGGUAGUGGAGUAAUGAUGGAAUUACGGAAUAUAUUGCGACCGAUUUCUUCCCGGUGGAUUAAUGGUUACAUCGAGAUACUGGCAACAGCAAUCGCCGGAUGGUAUUAUAUUGUCGAUUUUAAAUUUAAAAAGUAACGGAUAAAACGUGAAAAAUAUCCUUGUAUAUACGCGUUCAAUAUCGUGCUUAUUAAUUUAUUAAUUUUCAAACACUGUCAGUAUAUGGUGGUAUGGCCUUUUUUCUCUGAUCAGGCUUCCAGUUGGAGCCACCAUUCGCGCCAAACACAUCAUUAGGGAAAAUGUGGUACGACCUGUCUCCUUAUGAGCUGGUUUCCAGUUGGAGCCACAUUCGCGCAAAUCUAGGUUAACAUG